CGACUCAAAGGAACGAUUCGUUCACGAUUCCCUAGGAAGGAGACGAUACUUCCGCCAUCCUGAACCAUGGCUGCUGCAACUCGCAAAAAAGCUCUGAGAUUUUUCUCGCAGUUCGGAGCCUUUAUCCUGACCCGAUUCGGGUUCUGGAACUGCUUCAGCAUGUUGAUGCUGUUUGCGGAGCGCGCGGAUGUGAAACGGAAGCCAGACAUCCAGGUGCCUUACCUGUACAUAGACUUGGGAGCUGCGGUGUUGUGUGCCAGCUUCAUGUCCUUUGGGGUGAAGAGAAGAUGGUUCGCUCUGGCUGCUGCCAUUCACUUGGCCCUCAGCUCAUAUGUGUCCUAUGUGGGUGGACAGGUCCAUUAUGGAGACUGGUUAAAGGUGAGGAUGUACUCCAGAGCGAUGGCCAUCAUAGGAGGGUUUCUGGUGCUGGCCAGUGGAGCAGGAGAGGUUUACAGACAGAAACCUCGCACACGCUCGCUUCAGUCCACUGGACAGGUCUUCCUGGGGAUUUACUUGAUAUGUAUGGUGUACUCUCUACAGCACAGUAAGGAGGACCGGCUGGCCUACUUGGACCAUAUUCCUGGUGGUGAGAUAACUGUCCAGCUCCUGGUGGUUGUGUUUGGUGUGCUUGCGCUCGCCUACCUCUCGGGCUGCUACGUGCGAGUGGCCUCCCAGAUCCUGGCAGUUCUGUUACCUUUGGUUGUGCUGUUCAUCGAUGGCAACAUCGGUUACUGGCACCGCACCUGCCGCGUGGAGUUCUGGAACCAGAUGAAGCUCAUCGGGCAGAGCAUCGGCAUCUUUGGAGCAGUGCUUAUUCUAGCCACAGACAGCUAAAGAUAUAGAGAUAUGACAACAUCUCUGUACAGGCAGCGCUUAGGACAAACAGGAGAGAUCGAGCGUGUGUCUCAGGGGAUCGUGUGAGUUAAAGAAAAUAAUGCUCAAAAACUGUGUGUACACUCAAAUGUGGAGAGGAUACAAUUCCCAGCUUGCUCUGGAGUCUCCGAUCGCAAGCACAAAGUCUUCAAAAGACAGUUUACAUUGCAUUUGUUAUCUUUUUAAUGCAUUAUUUAAUGUUUAAGAAUGACUAGAAGUCUUAAAAAAUUAAAUUAAAGUUGAAUGAUGAAUUAAGGGGAGUUUGGAAACACAUUAUUGUCAUUUUUGGUGUUCUUAAGCUGUAUAGUAAUGUGGGGUUUUUCCCAUGUUACAGACAUUUAAAAUGCCACUGCAUUUUUUGCUGCUUGUAUUUAGUUUGCAUUCCUUAUACAACUUCUAUACAAUCAGAAUGUCAUUAAACAAAAAAUCAUUGUUUUGUACGGAACAUA